AGAAAGUCCCUCUUCUUGAGCGGAGGGUUCUUAUGGCGCCUCCUCCUUGUUGUGAUUUCUACAAAGGUCAAGAGGUGGAAGUGAGAUCUAAUCUUAGUGGCUACAGGGGGGCAUGGUUUAGAUGCAAGAUCCAGGAUAUUGAUCUUGUGAAGGAUGGGAGGAUGAAGGAGGGGAGGCUCAAAUAUCUUUUGAAGUAUCUAGACUAUGAGGAGGAGGAGGAUCAUUGGACAUUGGAGUACCAGAUAAUCCCUUUCUUGUCAAGGAAGCCUACAAAGAAGCACCUUCAACACAUGAUUCGUCCAAUGCCACCACCCUUUCUCAGAGAGGAUAAGUUUUUCCAAUCUAGUUUCAAAGAAGCUAUCACAAUUUCUAAAGAUUGGAAAGUUGGGGAUCAAGUUGAUUGGUGGACAUCAGGUUGUUGGUGGCAAUGUACUAUUAGAAAGCUUAUAGGAAAGGAUACUAUAGAGAUUGCACUCUUGGAACGUCCAUAUGGGGAAGGAGGUAUAUAUAUAGCUUUGAAGUCUUAUUUGAGACCAUCUUUGAAAUGGUCAAAGGAGAAUAGUUGGGAGGUAUUAUCUUCUGAUGCACAGUAUGUAACUUUUGAGCAGGGGAGAAAGAGGUCUAGAGAAAUAUAUGAAAGGGAGAUUUUUGGAGAUAAGUCAGUUAAACAAAAAAAUUUAAGAGGUGUUAUUCCAAAAUGGUCAAAUUUAAGAGAGUUAAUACAGAAGGCUGUAUAAUGAUAUUUGUACCCAAUUUUUCAUGAUAAUUAAUUUUGUAGUAAGGUGUUAAAA